UGCUAGAUAUGAAUUUAUUGUAUAAACCUGUGUGGUACUGAGGUGAGGAGAGAACUUGUCAUGACUAGUUUAUGUGUACCGAAUGCACUGAGAUUGAGAUUGCCUCGAAAAACUGCGAAAGUCUGCUAACCUAGCUGGCAAGAUGUCUGUGUCAGCAUUCCACCUCCCACAAGAAAUAUGGGUUCAGGUGUUUCUGUACCUCUCUGACCAUGAGAAAGGGAACGUUCGCGUUAGCUGCAAGUAUUUCAAACGGCUGAUAGACCACCCCUCCCUAUGGAGGAACAGCGUUGUGGUGCUGAAGAAGAUUCGCGCUUGUAACGAUGAGUUUUGGACCACCAUGCGCCGGAGAAAGACCAGCUCGGUGGUGGUACAUAAAGCGGGGUUAAAGGAUUGGGAGAAGCUUGCUGCAUCGCUUCCAUGGCUGACUGCAAUAAUCAUAGAGCAGUGCUCCGAUCUGGCAACGCUCGAGACCCUACAGCGUUUUAGCAACUUGAAGAGGCUGGUCAUUCAGAGCUUUCAGUGCCCUUCCGACCUCGGCAGCGUACUAUCGCCGCUGCGUCAACUCACUCACCUCACCCUGUGCGAGCUCCACAGCGCGCCAAGAGCGCAGCUGAUUGGCGCCGUGUCCCAGCUCACCAGCCUGACCUCGCUCUUUUAUCACGAGGGGGACAAACCCAUCCCCAGACAGGUAUUCCAGGGCAUGCUAGCCAGCCUGCCUAACUUGAAGCAGCUGUCUUUAAAAAUGGGACCAGUUUAUGGCACCCUUCCAGAUGACUAUUUUUGUCUGCCCAGCCUAAAUCCAAAGAUAGCAGGAAGAGAAGGCCAUGGUAAGAAUCAUGUUGGCUUGACCAGGCUGGAGCUCCUAAAUUACAUGGACCCCAUGCUGUCUGCUGUGGCCCUCGAGCCCCUCAGCUCUCUGCAGAGCCUGACUGUGGGCUACAGGGACCAGGCUGUGGAGCCCAGCAGGUGUGCCCUGAGCACCUGGUUGAGUAAACUCCCCAGCCUGACUGAACUCACCGUCAUACGUGGAUAUCCCCUCCGUGUUUACGUGUGCUCGUUACCACGGACCCUGCAGAGUCUGUCUCUGCUCCAGGUGAUCAUGGGCCCAGGGGACAUGAGGACCAUGGGGGAGCGGACACCAGAUCUCCAGCACCUCCACAUGGACCUGUGCAGCUAUGGCAGCCAGAGCGGCCUGCAGGAGCUGCCCCUGCUCCUCCCCGAGCUGAGGAUGCUCAAGCUGCGGCACUGCAACAUGACGGAGCAGGAGUUCGUGGGUCUGGCCCGCUUACAGCACCUGGAGAGGCUGGUAGUUCUGGAUGCGCACCCUGGCCCUAGUCCUGCUCUGAUGGAGGUGAUCCAGAAGCUGCAAUUUAAGACAAACUACAGGGUCCAGGUGAUCCAUUCCCUGGUACCCAGGGACCCCACAGCUUGCUACUGUAGUCAGUACUGAGUGGUCACUGUGCUGUCAGUCACCAAGGACCAUUAAGCCUUAUAAGCACUGUUUGGCUUCCAUUUGAAUAAAAGC